AUGACGAAGCAGCACGCGAACUGGUCUCCUUACUAUAACAAUGGAGGAACAUGUGUGGCCAUCGCUGGAUCCGAUUACUGCGUCAUCGCCGCCGAUACUCGCAUGUCUACCGGUUACAGUAUUCUAUCUCGCGAUUACUCUAAGAUCCAUAAACUAGCAGAUAAAGCUGUGCUCUCUUCCUCUGGGUUUCAAGCUGAU